GACAGUUGAUGAGUCUACUAAACAGUUUCCCGUAUCAAGUUGUUCGAACUCGAUUGGAAAAGGUAUUAUCCGUGAUAAAAAAAAAUGUCCAAGAAGCUUGCUUCGGAAGAUUCUAUCAAUAAGGAACAGGAGCCAGGAGUGAUCAGCAAUGAUAUGCUCACUAAGGCAAUCCUCGAGCAAGGUCACAAAGGCGAAGCCGGCAGAUUGGCUCGAAUGGAUCAAGUGCAUCUGGAGUGUAUUACUGUUAUCCGAAUAGAGUUUCAAAAUAUUAUGAAAAUUGAUCACCUUUGGGUACUGAAAAACUUGGAAAUUCUCUCGCUUGCAUUCAAUAAAAUCGAUAAAAUUGAAAAUCUUCACCGACUGACCCAGCUGAGGGAGUUAAAUCUAUCGUUUAACUUUAUCGAAAAAAUAGAACAACUUGACCAAUUGAUUCAUCUGCGAACACUGUCCCUGUACGGGAAUCGAAUAACGAAACUGGAAAAUCUUGAUCAACUUGAGAAACUAGUCAUUCUCAGUGUUGGCAAAAAUAACAUUCGAACACUUAACGGGAUCGAACGGUUGCGUUUUUUGAAAGAACUUCGCUCGUUGAAUCUGGCCAACAAUCCCAUAGCGCAGGAUAGCUCAAAACCAAUAAGAUUGUACGUAGCGACUCUUCUACCUCAGCUGAAGUACUAUCAGUACGUUUUGAUAAAACCGGAAGAACGGAAAGCUGGCAAGGACAUGUUCAGUCGCGAACAACAGGACAUAUUAGAACAUGAAAAAACAGAAAUUAUCGAAAGAGAACGAAUCAUUAAGGAAAAAUCCGACGAGUUGUACUUAUCCAGAAGUUUUGUAGAACAUUUGAAUGGCCAUCAACUGUUCGAAUCACUGUUCAAGGAUGAUUCAGACGGGGAAGCUCUCAUGGCCAUUGGCGAGGAAGCCCUUGAACUGAAAAACGAAUACAUGUCCGAGGCAUACAAUUUGACUCAACAAAUUUACAAGAUUGGCUUGGAGCAAUACGAACGGCGUCAGAAAGAAAUCCAACUAUACAACAGUUGCAUUGAAGCCGAAAGAAAGAAAGCUCAAAAACUUGGUCAAGACAUCAUCAACCACUUCUUGAAUGUAUACAACCGUUUAUGUCCCAAGGUCAAAGAGAUCGUGACCGGGCUGGAACAGCACUCCUCGAAGCAGUCCGACAUGAAUGUAGCGACGUCAAAUGAGUACAACCCAAUGACUGAGGAGCUCGACGUUGCCAAGGAUGAGUUCAACUCGGUAUUUGAAGAUUCCUGGCACACGCUUAUGAACAUCGAAAUGCAACUGUUUGAACGAACCGAAGAGGGCAAUUCAAACUUCGAGAAUACCAUCAAAGAAAUGACCAACGAAUUUAUAGAAAAGACACAGGCCCAGUUUGUGCUGAUGCGCGAGGCUGAGAUAGUUUUCGGUGAUGCCCUAGUCGAAGUUGUACAGCAAUUUGUAACAUUCCAAGCAGCAUCCGGUCAUGUCGAAAGCAUUCCAGCGGCCUUGCGAGAGGCCCUUGAAGACAAGGAUGUUAUCAAUAAUCUUGCCGCUGGAAUGCGUGACAAUCACAUGCAGUUGAUUGAUGCCCGCGAGGAUAGAUUGAUUAGUCGUAGCCGGGAUUGGGUUAGAGAAUUAUGUGAUGGAAUGCAAAAUUCAGAAAUCAAGAGAAACCGCGCCAAAGUGCUGGAAAUAACGUACUUCUUAGAUCACCACCGACAAGCAUUUUUCGCGCUAUUUGAAGACGUCAUUUCGACUCAGGAAGAUAAACAACGCUUGUUUUCGAAAGUUCAGUUUACAAUAAACGAAUAGACUUUAGGAAUUAGAACGGUUAAACAUUGUUGUUUCAUUAUAAAGAAAAUGCAUA